AACUCGCAAGAGAAAAAUCCUAUUGGCAUCCAGGAGGCAGGGAGCCAGCCCCUGGGCGCGGCCUGCAGGGGGCAGGCGAUCGCCUGGGUAAGCUGGGGGGCAGGACAAGCCCCAAGAACCCCCAGUUCCCGCUCCGCAGCCUCAGGGACCGCUCUGCGCCCGCUCGGUGCGCCCUCCUUGGCCAGUGAACUCGCGCUGCCCCGCUGCUGCCAUGUGUGCGGCUCGGACGCCGCAGCUGGCGCUCAUCUUCCGAGGGACUUUCGUCCACUCCACCUGGACCUGCCCCAUGGAGGUGCUUCGAGAUCACCUCCUCGGCGUGAGCGACAGCGGCAAAAUAGUGUUUCUAGAAGAAUCAUCUCAGCAAGAAAAACUGGCCAAAGAAUGGGGCUUCAAACCCUGUGAGAUCAGAGAGCUGAGCCACCAUGAGUUCUUCAUGCCAGGUCUUGUCGAUACACACAUCCAUGCCCCUCAGUAUGCGUUUGCUGGAAGCAACGUCGAUCUGCCGCUUUUGGAGUGGCUGAACAAGUACACAUUUCCCACAGAACAAAGGUUCCACAGCACUGACGUGGCUGAAGAAGUCUACACUAGAGUUGUCAGGAGAACACUAAAGAACGGCACCACCACGGCUUGCUACUUUGGAACAAUUCACACUGACUCAUCCCUGAUCCUUGCGGAAAUUACAGAUAAAUUUGGGCAGCGAGCAUUUGUGGGCAAAGUUUGCAUGGAUUUGAAUGACACUGUUCCAGAAUACAAGGAGAGCACUGAGGAGUCAGUCAAGGAGACAGAGAGAUUUGUGUCAGAAAUGCUCCAAAAGAAUUAUCCAAGGGUGAAACCCAUAGUGACCCCACGAUUUUCCCUUUCUUGCACGGAGACUCUGAUGAGUGAACUUGGCAACAUCGCCAAGACCCAUGACCUGUACAUCCAGAGCCAUAUAAGUGAAAAUCGUGAAGAAAUUGAAGCCGUGAAAAGCUUAUACCCUGGUUACAAAAACUACACAGAUGUCUAUGAUAAAAACAAUCUUCUGACAAACAAGACAGUGAUGGCGCAUGGCUGCUACCUUUCUGAAGAAGAGCUUAACGUCUUCAGUGAACGAGGAGCAUCCAUUGCACAUUGUCCCAAUUCUAAUCUGUCGCUGAGCAGCGGCUUACUGAACGUACUUGAUGUCCUGAAACACAAAGUGAAGAUCGGGCUUGGGACAGAUGUGGCUGGUGGUUACUCCUAUUCCAUGCUCGAUGCCAUCAGAAGAGCAGUGAUGGUUUCCAAUAUCCUCUUAAUUAAUAAGGUGAAUGAGAAAAGCCUCACCCUGAAAGAAGUCUUCAGACUAGCUACACUUGGAGGAAGCCAAGCCUUGGGACUUGAUAGUGAGAUUGGAAACUUUGAAGUCGGCAAGGAAUUUGAUGCCCUCUUGAUCAACCCCAGGGCAUCCGACUCUCCCAUUGAUCUGUUUUAUGGGGAUUUUGUUGGUGAUAUUUCUGAGGCUGUUAUCCAGAAGUUCCUCUAUCUAGGAGAUGACCGAAAUAUUGAGGAGGUUUAUGUGGGUGGAAAGCAGGUCGUUCCGUUCUCCAGCUCGGUGUAAGGCUCUUGGAUAACCAUGACACUCUCCUGGGAGAACGUGAUUCUGCAAUCUUCCUUGUGCCCAGGGACCAAUCAGAAAGUAUAUUUAAAAAAAAAAAAGUACAGUGUUCUUUGGAUGACUUCUGUUCCUAUGUCUCCUUCCAGCGCCCACUGGGUAAAUUGUUAGAAGGGAGGGCACUGCUUCUCCACUCUGGUCUGGGAGCAUUCGUAAUUUCAUGACAGUGCCUCCCCUUGGGCCUGUUUAGAUUUGCGAUAUGCUCACACAGAAGGCAGUGUUAACAGCUGGCAAAGUGCUUCUAAUAGUGAAGGAAAAACUUUCCAUAUAGGGAAAUACAGGGCAAGGAGAUCUCCCUACGUGAUUAGACACUGUGCUAAUGAUUGAGAAAAUUAGGAAACUCCAGUUGAAAAAAUCUCCAAUGAGCAGAUUUUUAUGAGGGAACAAAAGACAUUGGAAAAUCAUUAGUUGUGCUUGGAAAAUAAUUAUUGAGAACAUUCUCGUAAAAAAGAGAACUUAUUGGAUUAAAAACAUGCCUCUCCGUGGACCUUGCCUGUGGAAAUUUGCACUUUGUGAAAUUUGCAUUUCAGGGUGUGUUAUUGUUAUGCUUUCCCUUCUUGGGAUGAAUGUCAGAACCUGAAUGCCAUGCGCUUUUCAAAUAUAGUUCUAUGCUUCAAAGUGUUUGACAGAAGUUGAGUAUUAAAGAUGUAAAGUCUCUUAGGGAUAGUAUUCGCAUAGCCACAGAAAUAGUUGUGUUUUCGUGUACUUCAAAGUCAUCUUGAUUCCUGGCUGUGAGGUGUUCCAGUCGCUUCUAUUUUAUUAGAGUAAGAAACAAGCCCUGUGUGCAUUGCUGCUCCGUAGCCUGGAGUCUUCAUAAAUCAGGGCAGUACUGUAUUCCCUGGAGCUGUUAACACUAACAGGACAGGGUUCUUUGCAAUGCUGAAUCUACCCAAUGCAGUGUGUUAUCGUUGCUGUACAGUUCAUCCUCCUGUCAAUGUGCUAGAAUUUAAAACCAAGUGCAAGUCCCUUAAAGAAUUAUGGAUAAGGCUCUGUAAGGCUGGUAUAUUGAAGGAAUUCUGUUUUGUUUUGUUUUGUUUUUUAAUUUAUCAAAUUGUCUUUGUAAUUCUUUAAGAUUUUUCUGGCAUUAGAAUCUUAGAAUAGUGAAAUGGAUAUAGAAAUCCCAUUUAAUGUUUAUAUUUCUAGGACUUACCUGUACUAGACAUCAAGGAAUAUUAAACAAAAGAGGGUCUUUUAACUUUUCUAACUAAUAUAGUGUCCCUCCUCAUACCAGAACUAAAAACAGGUCAUAACCAUGUGGCAGAAUCUUAGGAAGCAGUGAUGUGUAUUCUACUCCUAAAUACUAUAUUUUUUUCUUAAUUUAUUCCACCUCCUAUAAACAAGCAAGGACCAGGGAUGGGUUUAUUAACAUAUCAUUUCAUUCUUAGGGUUUAGGUGAGUUUCCAUUUUAUCUUAUAACAGAAAAAAUGUUAGGCAAUAGAGUUAGCUUUCACUUCUAAGAACACAUAGCUCCUCUACUGUCCACGUUAACUCAGCAGUAACGUGUCCAGAUCUAUUUUGCUGGUUGAAGCACUUUUAGAUCUGGUUGUAUAUGCAUUACAUCUAAAGAUGGUACACAUUUUAGGUCUUAGUUCAUUUUAUUUUAAAAAAAAAAACAGACAGAAUUUGUUUUGUGGAAUAUAAGUGAGUAAGUCCAACUUCUGGUUUCAGUGUGGCUGUCCAGUGUUUCUAGCACAUCAGAAAUAUCAGAAUGAUCUACCUAGUCUCCCUGCCCUGUUUCUCUCUGGAGCUGGCAAGUGGUUUGGGCUGUCUUUUGACUCUUGCCAAAGGGACUUAGUUUCAGGGUAUCUAACUAGAGUGAGGCAGCUGAGGAACUUAGGUGUGUGUUGGGUAGACAUCUGUCAGCCACCAGCUGCUUCCAGCCUUUGCAGACCCCACACUUGUCCUCUUUAAGGGUGUGCAGUUUGAUGUUGAACAUCAGCUUUCAUUUAAACUUAAGACUCACACGCAGUAAUAUAAGUAAGUGUAAUCCUGGAAGCAGGAAUAACAGUGGUCCUAUAACACGAUUCUGUUAGCAUUCAGAUCAGUCCUGAUAACGUGUUGCCAGCUGAAUAACUUCUAAUAAAAAUAAGGUGUUGAAGUGUUUACAUGUACUUUGAGUACUUUGAUCUCCCUGCAUCACUUAUAACAUUUGUGUUUAGUUCCCCAAGUGAAGUAUUCAUGAGUGUUACUUAUGCUUGUUUGAGUGCCCCACACAUGGGGCCAGACGUCCUGCACUUUGAAAUGCUGCGUUCACAUAAUAAUGUAGGUUGACUUUCCUCAUUACGGAUAGGCACUGCUCCAAGCCUAUCCCAGUUGUCACUUUAUGUUUGAACAGUUUGCUCUCUUUAGAAGAAAGGAAAAGAGAAACAGAGAGAGGGGAAGGAAGAGGGGAGGAAGGAAGAAGAUUAAAACAUUAUCCUACCUACUCCAUACCAUUUGAUUAAUCUCUCUAGAGUUUUUGAUGGACUUCAUUGUAAAAGGUUAGAAGGCAUAGAAAGUUACCAUGUGUGUUAUAUUUAUAGCAUUCUUGCAGUCAAAACACAAAAGUAGACUAAUCAAGUUGAAUUUGAUUUUCAAAGAAAAAGGGGGGAGUUUUCAGGGGAAUUGAAAAUAAGAGGUUAGAACCCAAGAGUUCAUCCUAAUGCAAAGGGCCAAAGAGGUUGGAUUCCUCUAUUGUAUUAUCAUAGUGCCUCUUCACUUGCACUUUCAAGGACUUCACACUUCCAGAGGGUAUGCCUGGAGGGGGCCUUUCUAAAUUAAUCCUGAGAACACCAAAUUUCUUUUCUUCUUUAGUGAAAACAAUUCAAGAUAAAUAAAAAGAAAUUUUUAAAAAGCCCCUCUUCAUUGCUUUGCUGAUUUUGAGGUGUGCCCUCGAAUGUUCCUGAAAUCAUACAGAGACAACAUGACUGCCAGAUCCUCUGGCAAUGUGUUUAGAACACUUCACUUUCUACCAGAUUAUUUCUAUUUUUAUGAUGUUUCACAUCCGAAGCAGACAUAUGGAAAGCCUUCAAGGCAUUCUGGAAAGCACAUUGUAUCAGUUCCAUCAGUGUGUAUAUGUAGAAGAUACCCAGAACCGGAUGCUUCUGCAGCCUGGUGGACAUCUUUUAACAUUGCUUUUGCUGGAUAUCCAGAUAUUUGAAAAGACUUAUCUUAACUGUUAACAAGUAGAAUGAGACAUAUAUUGUGGGCAAUGACUUGAAAUAAUUCUUAAAUUACAGGAACUCUAUGAUAUAAAAAAAAAAUUAAAGUCCAAAAAGAGAUGUUUGCAAUUUCUAAUCUACUAACUGCUUCAGGUAUGACUUUGCACAAAAAGCUUUAUAAUGUCUCCAGAGAAAGCUUAAAAACCUUUCUAAAGGUGUAGGAAGAGACAGACAUGGGAGAGGUCACUGAGAGAAAACUCUUUAUUUGUUACCAUGCAUGUUUUCAAGUCUACCCUGCCUUCCUGCCCAUCUCCAGCACUAAACAUGAGACAUGGAGUGUUGAAGGGUUCCUUUGUGGACCUAGUCCAAAUUUAGUGAAAUGAAAAGCCAAGAAAGUCAAUGUGGGAAUUAAAUGUAAAUUCUGAGCAAGCAUUUACCAGGUUACUUGAGUAACUGAUCACUAUGAACUACUGUUAUUUGGCAGUGACUUAUCUGUCUAUUUCUUACCCAAAAAGCCCACCAGAAGGCAUUCCUUAUAUUAUUGUCAACCUCCUGAUUGCUGUUCUUAAGAAUAGAUACAUAUAUGUAUAUGUAGUCAAGGGGGACAUCCUUCCCCUCGGUAUCUGUAUGAUUUGCUUAUUGUUAAUGUACUGAGUGAGCUCCUUUGUGCAUCAGAAAAAUAAAUAAAUGAGAUUUUGUGUUUCCA